ACACAGCUUGCCCGAGGAUGACCCAGAAACUCAGCAACACCCCUGCCAGAGAUCUGGACAAGUUCAUAGAGGACCACCUCCUACCUGACACCAUCUUCCGAACUGAGGUCAGAGCAGCCAUCAACACCAUAUGUGAUUUCCUGAAGGAGAGAUGCUUCCGAGGUACCACCCACCCUGUGAGGGUCUCCAAGGUGGUGAAGGGCGGCUCCUCGGGAAAAGGCACAGCACUCAAGGGCAGGUCAGACGCCGACCUGGUAGUGUUCCUUAGUAAUCUCUCCAGCUUCGAAGAGCAGUUAAACCGACGCGGAGAGUUCAUCUGGGAAAUUCAGAAACAGCUGUAUGCAUUGCAGCGUGAGGGACAUAUUAGAGUGAAGUUUGAGGAUCAGAGUUCAUGUUUGCCCAACCCCCGGGCACUCAGCUUCACACUGAGCUUCCCCCGACUUCAACAGGAGGUGGAGUUUGAUGUGCUGCCAGCCUAUGAUGUCCUGGGUCAUGUCAGCACUGACAGGAAACCUGACCCCCAAAUCUACAGAAGCCUCAUCCAUGAGUGCACCUCCCUGAGGAAGGAAGGCGAGUUCUCCACCUGCUUCACUGAGCUCCAGAGAAACUUCCUGAAGGAUCGUCCACCCAAGCUGAAGAGUCUCAUCCGCCUGGUCAAGCACUGGUACCGACUGUGUAAGGAGAAGCUAAGGAAGCCGCUGCCCCCACAGUAUGCCCUGGAGCUGCUCACAGUCUACGCCUGGGAACGUGGGAGUGGAGACACUGAGUUCAACACAGCCCAGGGCUUCCGGACAGUCUUGGAACUGGUCACCAAGUACAGGCAGCUUCGAAUCUACUGGACAAAGCAUUAUGACUUUCAAGACAAAGAAAUCUCCAAUUACAUGCAUAGACAGCUCAGAGGAACCAGGCCUGUGAUCCUGGACCCGGCUGACCCAACAGGGAACGUGGCUGGUUCCAGCUCAGAGGGCUGGCAGCAGCUGGCAGAAGAGGCUGCAGCCUGGCUGGGAAACGCAUGCUUUAAAAGAGGGGGUGGUUCCCUAGUGGGACCCUGGGAUGUGCCGGUGAACGAGAACAGGGCAUUCAUCUCCUGUGAGCACAGCAGCAUCAGCCCGGAAGGCUCCAGAAUAAGACUCAAGACCUGCCUCAUCUACUCAGAAGCUGUUCUGCAGCUGCAGAUGGCUAUGGGGACAUGGGAGUGUGAGCAGUGCACAUGA